AUGGAUUAUGAACUAGAGGUCUUCGAAGUAUACGACGAUAGUGACCAACAGACCUCAAAAAGGCAUUCAAAACACACCAGAAAAAAGUGCAAGCAAAAACAGAAGGCGUCAGUAUUAGGACUGGAAAAUACUGACAAUGAUAUAAGUAAAUCUAAGAAUAGUGUAGUGGGAAGUGAUCGGAGGCAUUUGAGCCUUAGAGAGUCGAUAUUAAGUGUUUUUACAAAACUUGUUGUUUGGAGGGACCAGAGAAGGUACCAGACCACUGUUCCUGAUAAAAUUGAUUCACCACAUUCUUCCAAAGACUUCCGGAAAGGCUAUAUACCUUGUGACUCGCAUGUCAACAAUAGAAAAUCUAGGGUGGUCAGGAGAGGACAGUUGGUCAAAGAAAAAUGGUCGGCAGUCCAAGUGGGAGAUAUUAUUCGAAUGGACAAUAAUCAGUUCAUAGCAGCCGAUGUUUUAAUUUUAACGUCUAGCGAACCGAAUGGAUUGUGUUACAUAGAAACCUCCGAAUUAGAUGGGGAGACAAAUUUAAAAUGCAGACAGUGCCUACUAGAAACCGCAGAGAUGGGUCAGAACGAUGCCUUAUUGGGAGAAUUCGACGGAGAAAUUCUCUGCGAGAUGCCCAACAAUCUCCUUAACAAAUUCGAAGGAGUGUUAAUAUGGAAGGGAAAGUCUUAUUCGUUGGACAACGACAAAAUCAUGUUGAGAGGAUGCGUGUUGAGGAACACGCAAUGGUGCUACGGUAUAGUAUUUUUUUUAUUGUCCAUGUGCCUUUUUUGUAUGGUGGCGUGUGGUAUAUGGGAGUCCCUCGUUGGCCAGUACUUCCAGACAUACCUCCCAUGGGACACGCUGGUGCCUACGGAACCUCUAGGUGGCGCUACCAUCAUAGCCCUAUUGGUGUUUUUUUCGUACGCUAUCGUCCUGAAUACGGUGGUGCCAAUAUCUUUGUACGUUUCCGUCGAAGUUAUCAGGUUCGUGCAAAGUUUUUUGAUUAAUUGGGAUGAACAGAUGUACUAUGAAAAGACGGGGACACAAGCCAAAGCUAGAACUACAACACUUAACGAAGAAUUAGGCCAAAUAGAAUAUGUAUUUUCCGACAAAACUGGUACGCUUACACAAAACAUAAUGACAUUUAACAAGUGUUCGAUAGCAGCCCGAUCGUACGGUGAUAUCAUUGACCAGAGGACGGGAGACGUCAUCGAAAUCACCGACGAUACUGAACCUUUAGAUUUUUCAUUUAAUCCCAACUAUGAAGCCGAUUUCCGGUUCUAUGACAAACACCUUCUGGAAGCUGUGCGGAAACGAGACGCAGAUGUAUUUAGCUUUUUUAGACUGCUGGCUUUAUGCCAUACCGUCAUGUCCGAACAUAAUGAUGGAAAAUUGGAAUAUCAGGAACGAGCUCCCAACAGUAUUACAAUCGAAGCUAUGGGAAUCAAAGAAGUGUAUGAACUGCUCUGUAUUUUGGAUUUUAACAACGUCAGGAAGCGGAUGUCUGUAAUUCUGAGGAGAGAUGGCAAACUGAAGCUAUAUUGUAAAGGAGCCGACAACGUCAUAUAUGAAAGACUUAAAAACGGCCAAGACGAAGUAAAACAUAAAACACAAGAACAUCUUAAUAAAUUUGCUGGAGAAGGCUUGAGAACAUUGGUAUUAGCCUCCUGUGAUUUGGACGAAGUAUUUUUCAACAACUGGAAACAAAGGCACCAAGAGGCAGCCGUUUCGUUAGAAGAUAGAGAAGAAAAGUUGGACGCCCUCUACGAGGAAAUAGAGAAAGACCUAGAACUGGUUGGAGUGACCGCCAUCGAAGACAAACUACAAGAUGGGGUUCCUCAAACUAUUGCAAAUCUCAUACUAGCAGGAAUUAAAAUUUGGGUACUUACUGGUGAUAAACAAGAGACUGCCAUCAAUAUUGGUUACUCGUGCCAACUUCUGACAGACGAACUGGUGGAUCUCUUCAUAGUGGACGCUUCCAGUUUUGAAGAAGUCCAGCAACAGCUCCUCAAGUUCCGCGACAACAUCAAAAUCGUCCACACGUUUCAACCCCGUAGUCCUAACGUCAACCAAACGUCAAACGGUCGUGUAGAUUCCGGCGAGUCGUCGAGGGGAGACAGCACCAUCUUUACGCCCCAAACGCUGGCCAGUCCACCGGCGGUCAGCGUCGUCACAUUCAGGUGGGACGAUGAACAUUCUACACAAACACAGAGCUCGCAUAUCACGGAGGUAAUCGAAGAAGUAGGACCACCGGAGGAGACUUCUGGAGGUUUCGCGAUCGUUGUCAACGGUCAUUCUUUGGUGCACUGUUUACAUCCCCAAAUGGAAAGGUUAUUUUUGGAAGUAGUGAUGCAAUGUAAAUCUGUGAUUUGCUGUAGAGUAACUCCGUUACAAAAGGCGUUGGUGGUGGAAUUGGUUAAGAAGAACAAACAAGCCGUGACGUUGGCUAUAGGCGACGGAGCGAAUGACGUGUCAAUGAUUAAAGCUGCACAUAUUGGGGUUGGAAUAUCAGGCCAAGAAGGAAUGCAAGCUGUUCUAGCUUCUGACUACUCAAUAGCACAGUUCAGGUUUUUGGAAAGGUUACUAUUGGUACAUGGAAGAUGGUCCUAUUACAGAAUGUGUAGCUUUUUAAGAUACUUUUUUAACAAAAACUUUGCUUUCACUCUGUGCCAUUUUUGGUAUGCCUUCUUUUGCGGGUUUAGCGCUCAGACUGUCUUUGAUCCCAUGUAUAUAUCGAUCUACAAUCUUUUCUAUACAUCGUUACCCGUCCUAGGGGUCGGCAUAUUCGACCAAGACGUAAAUGACAAGAAUAGUGUCCUUUACCCACAGUUGUAUAAACCAGGUCACUAUAACCUUUUCUUCAACAAAAAGGAAUUUUUUAGAAGUGCUCUUCAAGGGUGCUUCGUCUCAAUGGUGCUUUUCUUUGUUCCUUUUGGUAAGUUAUUUUUAUGUUUUAGUAAGUGUAGUAUAUUAUAUUAUGUACAUUGA